AGCCAGGAGCCUCUCGGAUCUUUCCAGACUUCUUUGCAAUGCUGCCUGAUGCGGUGAAUUCAUUUCUUUCAGAGCCUGGCUCUUGGCAGGCUCCCUUUCUCUUCCUCUGCCUCCCUCAUCUCCCUCUCUUUUCUCCCACGGCCCAUCUGCCCCUCCCCUCCUCCAUCCCCCUCUCCUCUCUGCUCCCCUUUAUUUCCACUCCCCACCCGCGGAGCCUGGCUCUCCUCCCUUCCUCCCUCUCCCUCUCUCUCCCCCUCGGCUUGUCUGUAUUUGGAGCUCCCGGAAGCCGCCGGCCACUCUCCCCAGGAGCAGCGUGACUUGACACCGACUCCUACUCUGGGGGGAGGAGGCGGAGGGGAGGAGGGCCGGCGGGAGGAGGGCGCGAGUGGCCGAACCCGGCGUGGCAUUGCCGGGCACCAGACCCCAGGACCCCCAAGCAGAAUGGCAGAGAUGCAGGGGCUUGUGGAAAGACUGGAGCGGGCAGUCGGCCGACUGGAGUUGCUGUCUGCAGGGUCCCACCGGCCUCCUGGGGACUGUGGGGAAGUUAAUGGUGUCAACGGAGGUGUGGCACCCUCGGUGGAAGCCUUUGACAAGCUGAUGAACAGCAUGGUGGCUGAGUUCUUAAAGAAGAGUAGGAUCCUGGCUGGUGACGUGGAGACUCACGCAGAAAUGGUGCAUAGUGCUUUCCAGGCCCAGCGAGCUUUCCUUCUGAUGGCUUCUCAGUACCAACAACCCCAAGAGAACGACGUGGCUGCACUUCUGAAACCAAUAUCAGAAAAGAUUCAUGAGAUCCAAACUUUCAGAGAGAGAAACCGGGGGAGUGAAAUGUUUAAUCAUCUCUCAGCUGUCAGCGAAAGCAUCCCUGCCCUUGGGUGGAUAGCUGUGUCUCCCAAACCUGGUCCUUAUGUCAAGGAGAUGAAUGAUGCUGCCACCUUUUACACUAACAGGGUGUUAAAGGACUACAAACACAGUGAUUUACGCCACGUGGAUUGGGUGAAGUCAUAUUUGAACAUUUGGAGUGAGCUUCAAGCAUACAUCAAGGAACACCACACCACAGGCCUUACUUGGAGCAAAACGGGUCCAGUGGCGUCAACUGCGUCAGCACUGUCUGUCCUCUCCCUUGGGCCUGGCCUUCUUCCACCCCCACCUCCUCCACCUCCUCCAGGGCCACCUCCACUUUUUGAGAGUGAAGACAGGAAAGAGGGGUCCUCUCCUUCACGCUCAGCUUUAUUUGCACAACUUAACCAAGGGGAAGCGAUUACAAAGGGGCUCCGGCACGUUACAGAUGACCAGAAGACAUACAAGAAUCCCAGUCUACGGACUCAAGGAGGACAGACUCCAUCUCCUACCAAAAGCCACAGUCCAAGCCCCAAGUCUCCCCAGUCUCAUCCUCCUAAGAAACAUGCCCCUGUCUUAGAGUUGGAAGGGAAGAAAUGGAGAGUAGAGUACCAAGAGGGCAGGAAUGACCUUGUGAUUUCAGAGACUGAACUGAGACAAGUGGCUUACAUUUUCAAAUGCAGCAAGUCUACUCUACAGAUGAAAGGGAAAAUAAAUUCCAUCACAAUUGACAACUGUAAGAAGUUUGGCCUGGUGUUCGACAAUGUGGUGGGCAUUGUGGAAGUGAUCAACUCUAAGGACAUUCAAAUGCAGGUAAUGGGGAGAGUGCCAACAAUUUCCAUUAAUAAGACAGAAGGCUGCCACAUAUACCUCAGUGAAGAUGCAUUAGACUGUGAGAUUGUGAGUGCCAAGUCAUCUGAAAUGAAUGUACUUAUCCCUCAGGAUGGUGAUUAUAGAGAAUUUCCCGUCCCUGAACAGUUCAAGACAGCAUGGGAUGGAUCCAAGUUGGUCACUGAACCUACAGAAAUUAUGGUUUCUGAGAGACCACCGAAACCCCUGUCCUGAAUCUCCCCCAUCAAAAAACAAACAAACAAACAAAAACAGCAGCAUUAAAGACCUAGAAGUUGCAGUAGCACCUACUCCUUUAGUUUUGGCCUCCAACAACUCUGUGCUAUAGAAACAGCAUCAUUUCUGGCACGCCUUCAUGGGCAUUUUGAAAUAUUUAACGUUUCUUCAUGAUUUGCCUUUGUGUGUGAUUUGAGUUCCACAUGAUGACUUGUGAGCAUUAUAUAUCUAAAAGAAAAAAAAAAAAGAGAAUCCUUUCCCCUCAUAUCAUUAUCACAGUAGCUGAGGGGAAAAUAUUGCAUGACUCACUUUUACACUUAUGUUUAAUUGCUAGUUGAAAAAUAAAACCUUUGAGAAUCUA